AUGCGCUCCCAUUCCCCGAUAGCCAUUUGGUUUGCGUUUGCCUGUACAACCUCGUUAGCCCAGCAAACUCCUCUGGAUUCAGACUCAGGCUUCCAAGUAGACUUCAAUGCCCUUCGGCUUGUUCAACUCUCUGAAGGUAGCAACGCCACGUGGAUGACUGAGCGUCAAAAACUCGCCAUCAAGGCCGCUGGUUGGGACUACGCAGACAUUACUGAGACUCCUUUGCUUGGCUCAACGCCAAAGCGGCACUUUUCAUGUCCAGCUCCAAGCUCACCCAUCGUUGCGAACGUCCUCCCAUUGCUUUCGACAGCGGAGCCAAAAGCCAACCUCAAACAUCUUACCUCUUAUCAUACUCGAUAUUACAACUCGGAUACCGGCGCAGCUGCAUCCGACUGGUUGUACUCCAAAAUUCUUGCUUAUACGGACGAACUGGCAAGUGAAGAGCAGAAGAUGCUUAUUGCUGUGGAAUCAGUCCAACAUAAGUGGAAACAGAACUCCAUAGUCAUUCGCAUAGCACCUCUUGAUGCUUCAAACACCGACGCCACAACUAUCGUUGGCGCACACAUCGAUAGCAUCAAUCGUGAGAGCGUUUUCCAUCGCGCGCCAGGUGCUGGUGACGACGGUUCGGGAACUGUCACCAUUCUUGAAGCAUAUCGAGCGCUUCUGCUCUCUGGUUAUGUUCCUUCAUCGCCUCUAGAGUUCCAUUUUUACGCAGGCGAGGAGGGCGGGCUUCUCGGUUCACUUGCUCUCGCAGCUCGGUUUGAAGAGAAAGGCAAGGAAGUACGAGGAAUGAUCCAAUUCGAUAUGACGGAUUUUGUCAAAACCGGUUCCAGAGAGGAAAUUGCAGUCAUUGGCAAUGAAAACCAGGUCGACGCUGAACUGACCGAGUUCUUGAUCGCAGUCAUCGACAGAUAUAUCGAAAUUCCCUGGGUCCGCGACUUUUAUCCGAAAGGUCCAAGCAGCGACCACCAAAGCUGGAAAAUGGCUGGAUUCCAGUCCUGCCACCCGCUUGAGGCUCAAUUUAAAAACACCAAUAAUUACAUCCAUGGCGUAGACGAUCUACUUGACAUCAGUCCAGAAUUCUCGUCUGACCACAUGUUACAUUUCUCGAAGCUGGCUGUCGCUUUUGCGAUAGAGUUGUCGAGUUACUAG